GGGUGGAGUUCUUUGGUUACUAUGAAUGGAAGUUCACCAAAUAAGUUAUAAAGCAAGACCUUUUAAAGUUGCAUUGAAAGACAGGAAAUUUAAAGGUAUUGUAGCGGUCAAUCUGAAAGACUUAAAAUUAAAGUCGCUAAAGAGUCUAGGUUUGGAAAUUCUACCAGAAAAUAUUAAUGUACUUCUAUCUGAAGAUGAUACAUGGAUAGAUGACGAGGAAUAUUUUGCUACACUGCCGGAUAACACUAAACUUAUUAUCCAGGAUAUAAAUUCUGAAAAAGAAAUUGAUGUUGUUGAUGCUGCUAAUGAACAAUCAGAAAGUCAAGAAAUAAUGAUGUCACCAACUAAUAAACACUUGUCUGAUGUACUUCGCAGUAAGUUAACAUCAUCCAAUAUGGUUGACUGCAUUACGUCAUUUUUGACAAUGUCUAAUGAAGAACUAGAGAGUUUACUUUCAUGUGAUGCCAACACACUUUCUUUGAAAUUAGACUGUGACGAAGAUGUAUGUGAAGUCUAUAUUGAUAAUGCUAAUAAAGAAUUACUCAGAAGACAAGAACUCACAGAAGCUAAACAAUUGUUAACAAUGUUUGAAAGAGCAAAAAAGUUUGAUGCUGCAGAUGGUGUGAAGCGUAAAAAAUCAUCAAGAAAAGUUUAAACAAGUUAAUAAUUUUAUUAGCAUAUUUUUAUUACACAUUGUUCAGUCUUUCCAAUUUUACAUAAGACAUUUUUCUAAUUAUUAAAGGCUGUACUUUAUAUGCAUACAUACUAUAUAUACAUAUAAAUA